GUAAACACUGAACUGUCAUGCAUGAGCUAUGAGCAUUCACUACUUCAUAUGGAUAGCCGCUAAUAAUUUAGACAUAGAUUGGUCGAUGUAUGCGGUUAAAACUGAUAACGAGUAAUGGUCAGGGUAUCGGUGAGCAACAAAGCCGCGUUUAGUUCAGUAAUGAAAGCACACGCGAACCGAUUACUCUCUUAGAAAUUAGAAGGUCCAAUUGGCCCUCGGGAAUAUUAAAUGAACAAUUUUUUGUGACUUCAAUAAACAAUUCAUGAAUUUUUUUCAACACUGCUGUCUACGGAAUAGGUCCGAGGAGACAGGAGGAAAAAAAUUUAGGGCAACUUUACUGUCCAUUGUCAGCCAAUUCAAUUUGAAUGUCGCAUCUCUCUGCCUGGGUGCAGCAUGCAUUGGUCUGACCCUCGGCUGGCCGGAGACCUCAAUACCCCACAUUAUCAUGAUCAAGUGCACUGAUGCAUGCUACGUUGACUCCCGAGAUGGUAUUUCAACAAUUCAUGUGAUCGUUAAUUUAGGAUCAUGUUUGGGUGCUAUUGUGCCGGCUUGUGUCGUUGAUAUUUCCAGUCGUCGUUGCAACUUCUGUAUAUCAGCAAUAUCGAGUAUUUUCUUUUGGCUGAUUGUCGGAAUAGCGAGAGACACCAUCGCACUGAUGGUUGGUGCUGCUGUUGGUGGCUUUUCCGCUGGAUUGUUCAUUGUGACAUCGACGAUGUACGUUGGCGAAGUGACUUUUCCCGAUCAACGUGGUACCGUUGGCUCAUUGGCUACAUUUUUUGCUUAUCUGGGAAUGGUUAUCAGCACGAGUAUCUCUUUUUUCACCAUUCACCAAUUGGUAUCAUUGUUCAUGUGUUUUUUAUCGGUUGGCUUUCUACUGACCAUCUACAUUUGGAUGAUUGAGUCACCGUAUUAUUUGUACGAGAGUGGAAAAACCUUAGAAGCCAAACUCGCCCUGAAAGCGCUUCGCGGUGCCAAUCACAUCCUCGAAGUCGACCAGGAAUACAAAUCGAUGGAGAAAUUCUUCGACUUUCAGGCAACAGAACGGCCGCGAACUGAGACAACGUUGAAGCUCGUUGUCACUUCGAGCUGGCGUCGAAUUCCAGCCUCCAUCACCAUGCUGCUGCUUUGCAUAAGUCAAAUGGUCGGUGGCUAUGCCAUGAACGCCUACACCAAACAAUUCCUCAAUAACGUCAACCCAGAGAUCUCCAAGAUAAUAGUAGCAUGUCUCGACUUAAUCUCAGUCGGCCUGUGUGUUUUUCUGAUCGAGAAAAUCGGUCGGAAACCCCUGCUGAUGUUCUCCAUCGGUGGAUCCAGCAUCUGCUGUCUCAUUCUAGCCAUCGACGCUAUUCUCUACCAGGCGAAUAACAAUCAUCUGCUUUAUUCUAGUGAGAAACUUGUCACUCUGAGUAUCAUCAUCAUUUACUACGCCUCGUACUCGCUCGGGGUCGUUCCAAUUCUUCCUCUUCUCACAGGCGAAGUCUUCUCCAGCAAAAUGAAAACCAUAUCCAUCAGCAUCUGUAUCUCUUCAUUCUAUCUGGCUGCCAUGAUUAUUGAAGGAAUCUUCGAGACAAUCACUUUUAAGAAGGGGUGGUAUGUGGCAUUCCUAUCUUUUACGGUUAUCGGAUCACUUGGACUUUUAUUUGUUAUUGUGUUUCUACCAGAGACGAGAGCUAAGAGCCUCUCGCAGAUUCAAAAUGAAUUGGCUGAGUAUAGUUUCUUUAUCACUUAGAGUAUGAAGGGGAAGAGGCGAAUGUCUGGAUGUAGCGGCGAGAGUGCAAUUAAGAUGGUCAAUCAAAUGCGUUUACUUGAGUGAAGAAGUGUGAAACGUAUGGAAAAAUUCAGUGGAUAAUCAGAGCGACUUCAUUAAACUAAUUAGGAUUUUUCAAUUCGUCAAUUUUAUAAAUAAUCAACUACAAAGACAACUGAAGCUCAAUGUCAGUAGAACAGUCUCGGAGAGAAUAAAUUUUAUUUAUGGGAAAUGGAAAAUCUAUUCUCACUAUUUUGUUUAUAAUAUAUUCUGUCUUAAUCGAAUUGUUCGGUACAUGUUUAUUUUACUACCAAAAUUUUAAAUUGCCCUCAAGUACUAAAUAUUAAUUGAGAUGAAUAGUCGCUUAAUUGAUGGAAGAAUAAGGAAGUAUUGUACAUAAGCAGGCGAUAACGUGCGGUCAUUUGAAUUUGUCAAUUAAGUUACUGUAAUGGUGAAAGUGAUUAUAAAUAAUGAAGUAAUAAAUUAGUACGAGCAAAAUAGGAGUUUCUAAGUUAGCUUAUAAAAAUAAAGUGCCAUGAUUAAAGUUGAUAAGUGAGUUUGAAAAAAUAUAAUUGCACCGUAGUGCACUCAACUCACCCCUUGAAGCUGUGGAGACUCGUUAAAUCAUUCGAGGCGUGGUGUGCAGCAAAGGCAGAGUGUGCACAAAGUGCGAUGCGAUAGGGAAGAGACAUCGAAACACACAUCCAUUUGAGGAUUUUAUUUUUAUAAAUUUUUUUCAAAGGUUGUAUCAGGCAGGGUUGAACAGCACCAUUUUUUAAAUAUAUUUUUGGCAGUGCAAAGACAUCACGUUGAUAGACAUUUAAUAGAGACAAACAUUGACUGUUAAUUCAUCAUUUUAAUCUUAUUUCGAUCAAUUAAUUGGAUAUGCAUCUAUAAAAUUGAUUCAUUUUUAUAGAAAUUAAUCCAUCAAUUCUAGGAAGCCGCUAAAUAAUUAUGAAAUGUUGUGACUAACAAUAAGUUUGUGAAUAAACAUUGUCGUUUCCUAUAAACACUAAAAUGGAAAUGUGAAAUUGUGGAAAAAAAUUCAAGCAUAAUUGUUUAUAUUUUUUUGAGGAUUUUUAUGACUAAAAAAUUUUGAAUAAAUAAUCAUAAUAUAUUGGUGUAGCUAAGAUAUAAAAUUAAAUUAUUCUUUUCUUCGUAUUAUCAACUUUUUAACUCUCACAUCUAAACAUUUUAUCGCAAUUAGUCAUGAUGCUUUUUAUUCACUAGCAAUCAACACUUGGAUCCUCAUAAGACACCUGAUUAUCACAAUGAUAAUAAACAAAUUUCACAAGACUCACUUGUUACACGUCAAAUGGAAGAAUCUUAUAGUGCAAAAUAUUCAAGGGUUGCAAAAUUAAGCAUUCAGUGCUCUAUGCUCUCGAGUAUUUGCGAGUUAAAAAAAGUAAGGA